AUGAGACCACCUCCGCCGCCUCCUGAGAGACCGGGAUGGGGACCUGGAUGGGGAAUGGGUCCGCCACCGCCACCGCCUCCAAAUAAUUCUGGAUGGGGAAGGGGACCACCACCGCCUCGAGAAGGACCAGGAUGGGGGCAUCAUCCGCCUGGCAGACCCGGAUGGGGUAUGGGACCGCCACCAGGAAGACCAGAAUGGGGACAUCAACAGCCUGGCAGGCCUGGAUGGGGAAUGGGUCCAACACCCCCGUCCAACAACCAGGAAUGGAGUCCUCCUCAGUCCAACAACCAUGAAUGGGGUCCUCCCUCAACAUCGGACAUAGAACCCUCGGAAUGGGUUACUGAUGGCAACAAAACGGAACCAUCUCUACCCACAAAUGGAAGUGUAUUCACACCAGAGCCACAAUUACCAAUAGUUAUACCAACCACCACACCGAUCCCGAUCCCCCAACCCACCAAAGAUACUCUGAUCGUGGGCACAAAUCGCCCGCCUCUAGUCCCCCCUCCAACAGCAACAACACAGCAGCCCAUAACCGCACCACCUCUCUUGCCGUCGCCACAUCCAUCCAUUGAGAUGAGCGAACUACGACCCAUCAUCUUUCCCAACUCUCCGGAAUUCAUAGGUCCAUUCCGUCAAGAGUUUCAGUCCGCCCCCCUCGAUGUUCGUCGCCGAAGAGACGUUUUCUCCAUAUUAUAA